UCUGUGUCUCUGGAUAAAAAAUAUAUUCAUCGACAGUAAAGUUAUAGGUAGGCUACUACAGUUCAGAAUGAAGAUCUUGUUUUUUCUGGUCUUCCUGGGUCUACACAGCGCAGCAGCAGUGACUCACUCUAUGAAGUAUUUCGUCACUGCGUCCUCUCAAGUCCCAAACUUCCCAGAGUAUGUGGCUGUAAGGACAUUUGAUGGUGUUCAGGUUGAACACUAUGACAGCAACACCAUGAAAGCAGUACCCAAACAGGACUGGGUGGACGAAUUCCCAGAAUAUUCACUGUCCUGGAAGUGGGAGACUGAUUUCCAUCGGGAUAACCAGCAGGUCUUCAAAGUCAACCUCAAAACUUUGAGGGAGCGCUUUAACCAAACUGGAGGUGUCCACAUUGUCCAGGAGAUGCACGGUUGUGAAUGGGACAAUGAGACUGGAGAUUUUAAUGGAUUCUAUCAGUAUGGUUAUGAUGGUGAAGACUUCAUAUCACUUGACCUAAAGACUCUGACAUGGAUCGCUCCCAAACAACAGGCUGUCAUCACCAAACAGAAAUGGGAGAGGGCUGGUCAAGGAGAACGCUGGAAGAACGACAUCAUCCAGACUUGCGUUGAGUGGCUGAAGGAGUAUGUGAACUACGGGAGGAGCUCUCUGAUGAGAACAGACCUUCCCUCAGUGUCUCUCCUCCAGAAGACUCCCUCCUCUCCAGUCAGCUGCUUCGCUACAGGUUUCUACCCUGCCAAAGCCGAGAUGUUCUGGAGGAAAGAUGGAGAGGAGCUUCAUGAAGACGUGGAGCUUGGAGAGAUCCUCCCCAACCACGACAGAUCCUUCCAGAUGAGUGUUGCCCUGAACCUUUCAUCAGUCACACCUGAAGACUGGAGGAGGUACGAAUGUGUGUUUCAGCUCUCUGGUGUGAAGGACGACAUCAUCACCAAACUGGACAAAGCUGUGAUCAAAUCUAAUGAAGGUUUCCCUCUUGGUGCUGUCGUUGGAGUUGGUGUUGUGCUGCUGCUCCUGGUAGUCGGCAUCUCUGGAUUCUUCCUCUGGAAAAAUAAGAAGAAGGGAAAGGAAGGAUUUCAACCUGCUAACACUACAGGCGCUUCAUCAUCAUCAUUGUCAACAUCAGUAGAAGUUCAAGAUACUGGAUGA